CCAACUACCAUGCCUUGGCAUCAGAUACAGGGGUAUAAAAGCGUGGGUAAUAAUACUUAUGCUGGUAAGUUGCAGUUAUCCUUUUUUCUGGGGAAGAGGGAUAGGAGAUACAGAAGGAAGGAGGACAGACAGUCAUACAUACAGGAGUUUGUCAUGAAGGGCCAUACGCAAGUAAAUCCUUUGAAACACUUGUGAAACAUCAACAGCACCUACAGAGGCAAAGGGAUGUUGUCGCAUACAGGAUGAAGAAGCUAGCAGCUAAGCAGGUUGACUUUACAAAGAAGACCAAUGCACUGAAGGAGAAGAUUAAGAAGAAGUAUGAGGACAUGAAGAGGGUUCUGGAUGAGGACCUGCGGAUCACGCUGACCCAGCUGGACAUGGAGUAUCAAGCCACAGAGUGCACCAUUGAGGACAGAAUAGAGCGCUGCUACCACCUCAGUCAGGAACUUGACCAGGAGAUAGCCCAGCUCAGCACCCAAAUGGAGAAAGAGCAGACAGAUGACAAGGAUGCGGAAACGGAGAGAAGAAUAGCAGAGACGAUGAAGGCUACAGAUCCAGAAUUGCUUCAGGUGGAUGAAUUUAAGAAUGAACAGCUCUUGAGUUUAACCAUCAACCUCCUGCUUUUCAUCCGGUCCCAGGUCCCUGUCACCAAGAAACUCUUUCAGAGCUAUGCCUCUGACGUUGUCCUUGACCCUACCACUGCCCACCCGAAACUUAUAAUUUCCCCUAAGGGUGACUUGGUAGAGUACACGGACACCUGGCAAGAAGUCCCAGAGAACCCCUCACGCUUCGACACCACCCUCAAUGCCAUCAGCCGGCAGGGCUUCCGAGAGGGACGUCACUACUGGGAGGUACAGGUAAGUGGGAAGACCUACUGGGAGAUAGGUCUCACCUACCCAAGCAUCCCACGCAAGGGCCGUGAGGAGGACUGCUGGCUGGGCCGUGGAGACGAGUCGUGGGCAAUGGAGUUCUUUAAUGGGGACUACACAGCAUGGCAUGACAGGGUGGCCCAUGCGCUCCCUGUGGUGGCCGGACAGCACUUCACUCGCAUCGGUAUUUACUCCAGCUUUCCCGGGGGCCUGGUGUGCUUCCUGGGGGCCGACACCAUGACCCCUCUCCACUGUUUCUAUGUUGCCACCUUCACCAAUGUCCUCCACCAGGCUGUGUGCCCCGGGCACGACAAUCAGGGGUCCAACUGGAAGCCCCUUAAGAUUUGCGAUGCCUCACGCUCUGCCCCUACCCUCUGAUGGAGGACAAAUGCAAUGGGUAGAGGGAAUGGAGGUGGUAUAUCACUUUUGUCAUGUAUUUUCUUUUGUGUUAUGAACCAUGCACACCAGGUUAGAUUUUUUUUUCUGCACACCUGGCCUGACUGUCUGGUGCUGCAAUCUUAUGUCCACUUCCAAUCUAAACAAGUUUGUGUAUGUGUAAAAACAAAUGUAUAAAAAAUUCACUGACCUAUAACAGAUCAGGCUGACUAGCCUAUAUACAUUUCCAGGAGCUUGAAACACCCACCUAAUGUUGAAACAAUUGUUUCUAUACCCUUUGGACUUUGUGUGCAGGACUUUAGGCAAAGUUUUCAUUUAGCUAAAUUGAUUUAUUGUAAAUUCAGGAUUAGCAUGUGUAUGCAACGUUUGUACGACAAAAAUAACACACUAUUCUUUUUACAAUAAAAUUCUUCAUGUUUAAUGCAAUAAAGUAGUGUUUACUUAGUCAUUCCUUUGAUGUUAAGUAAUUUAAACAUUGUAUUACCCCAGAAGGAGCCAUAGUAAAUUCACAAUAUUUCCUUUUUUUUUUUAAA